GGCGGAGUGGUACGGCGGUUGUUGCCAAGACUCCGACAUCCCAGCGUCCUCAAGUCACGCACCUCAGUCCUAUCAACAGCACUUAUCAAGAGAAACCCUGUCCUUUUUGUCGGCCUCGGACCUUUUGGGUCCAAUUCUUGUAGUUGCAUGCGUUCUUAACUCGUUUCGAAGGUUCCACACUAUGUUAUCGGUACGAGCACUUAGGUGCGCGUGUAAUGCUCCCCAUGUCACGAGAAGUUCAGCACCCGCAAUUUCAGCACUCCUGGCACCAAUCCGUCUCAGCUCCUCAUCAGCUACCGCCACCGUGGAAGAGCAAGACGAGAAUGGCGAAGCUGAUGAGAUCGUGUCAAGGGAGAGGGAUCUCAACAAGCCAAAGAACCCGAGCUCCCAGCUUGCCAUGAUGUUUGGUGAAGAGCACGCAAAGAAGAAUCACAGUAUAUCCUGGGACCUGCGAAAAUUAGACCUCGAGCUCAUGCGCAUCUACAGCCGCCAACGGGCGAUCACAGAAACGGUGAAAGGCCCGUACAGAGUUCGAACGGUAGCACGUGACCAGGAGAAGAGCGUUAAAAUAGACGUGCGGGACAAUAAGGUUUUUGUCCAGAAAAGCACUAUUCCGAACAUAUGGCUACGAGACAACUGCCAGUGUGGUAGUUGCAUGCAUGAGGCGACCAAACAGAGACUCCUUGAUACUUUCUCCAUACCAAAGGAUAUAGCAAUCAAAACCCACUCGUUUGAUGGGAGCGUACUGAAGAUCGAGUGGAGUGAUGGGCAUCAAAGCGAGUUUUCACGAGAGUUCUUUAGUCGAACCACGAAUCCUGAAAGGCAGAAUGCUAUUCUACGGCAAGGUUUGACCACAGUCAAGCUCUGGGACUCGACUAUUGCCUCUGAUCCCCCGAAAGAAUAUUAUCGUCUUACGGGCCGCGCAAAGAUAGCCCGAGUCCUGUUGAAAAUCCGCCAGUACGGCUUUUGCUACGUUGACGAUACACCCAUUACACCAAAGGCUACCAAAGGUUUGCUGGAACGCAUCGCCUUCAUCCGCAACACCCAUUACGGCGGCUUCUAUGACUUCACUGCAGACCUCGCCUCAAAAGACACGGCAUACACCAACAUCGCGCUCGAAGCGCACACCGACAAUACCUAUUUCUCCGACCCCGCUGGUCUGCAAGCUUUCCACCUCCUUUCGCACACCGACGGCGAAGGCGGCGCCUCUCUUCUAGUGGACGGCUUCAAAGUCGCCGACGAACUCUGCAAAACAGACCGAGAGGCGUAUGAGAUCCUAUCUACAGUCAACGUUUACGCCCACGCCUCUGGCAACGAAGGUAUCUCGAUCCAACCCUACCGCGCCUUCCCCGUCCUUGAACACGACUCUCUUACCGGCGAUCUUCUGCGCGUCCGAUGGAACUCGUCCGACCGCGCUAGCAUCGAGCUUCCCAUUGACAAAGUCGAAACUUGGUAUGAUGCAGCGCGCAAGUUCGAUGCUUUGCUUAAGAAGAAAGAGAAUGAGUAUUGGGAGCAGUUGAUACCGGGCAGAGUGUUGAUAUUUGAUAACUGGAGGGUAUUGCACGGACGGAGUAAGUUUACGGGCAAGAGGAGGAUUUGUGGCGGAUACAUCAAUAGGGAUGAUUGGAUUAGUAAGUAUAAAAUGCUGCAGCUUGGGCGGGAGAAGGUACUGGGGAGUUUGGCAUCGGGUUAGAAACACGGACGAGUUUUCUGGUUUGUGAACAGAAGGAAAUGCAUGUUGAUACAUCCUGAGAAGGCACUUUAUCUACAGCUGCCGUGACGUUAAGAAAGCGCUCCUC